AUGGACUGCAUGAAGAAGGAGGACCUCAGGCUGCUGCCUUCAGGCACCGGCGCCUGCCCCUUUGCGGCACCUGCGGCCCGGCGGGCAGAGGCGGAGGUCUCCGCCAGCCGGCCCGAGAAGCUUGCCAAGGACCACGAGGCCGGAGAGGCCGCCUUGGCUGCGCUGACGGCCGGGGAUGCCCCCGCCUUUCAGAAGGCGCUGCUGGCCUUGAAGGAGAGUGUGGUGUGGAUGGGCAAUGUGAAUGCGGAGGUGGAGCGGCCCAGUAAGAAGGCGAAGGCGGAGGAAGAGCCGAGGGAAGCUCCGCUGCUUGCGGGACCCUCGCCCGUCUCAAGCGAGAGAGACGCGGCCGAGGACGACGAGGAGGAGGACGCGGCCGAGGCGGCUGCUGCUCGCCAGCAGGCGCAGGAAAAUCUGAGCAAGCCGCCCAAGAAGGGCAUCGUGCGAUAUACCUUCAGAGACGAAGGUUUGCUUGGCGUUCGCUUGUCCCGCGACGUGCCUCCUUGGAUUUUGGAGGUUAGGGAAGGGACUCUCUCGUACAGAAAGAACCCUCGGGUUCCAGUCGGUGGGGUCGUCAUCGCCAUCAAUGGUUAUGACCUGUCCAGCAAAGAGAACCCAUCGGCCAUCAAAGCGCUGGCAAAGAGGCCGGUCGUUCUGGACGUCGACUGGCCCAUCGAUAUACCGAUGCCUGCUGCAAGCUCUGCUUAG